AUGGGACUCUUCCAAACCCUCCUCCUCGCGGCCUCAUUGGGUUGGAGCGUGGUCACCGCAGAGGGCUCCUCCAACAUCACAUCAGAAGCCGUCACAACCUCAUACAACAACGACCUCGCAACCCCCGACCCAUCCAGUUACCCCUCCGUAACCAUCAUCACCAAAUCCAGCCUCAUCCUCUACAGCCAGAUAACUACACCACACGGGCAUCAACCUUCCCGCCUUUUCCACCUUUCCCACCACGGCCCCGAAGAAUCCAGGCCUCCUCAACCUCCGCACUACUCUGGCUCCCUACCCAACCCACUCAGCCGCCCAACCACCCACCCCUCUUCCUCCCCUGAGCCCCCAAGCGCAAUAGCCUCCUCAGGCGGCCUGCUCCUCGACCCCCAUCCCCGCCCCACAGCAAUCAAAACCUACAUCAUCGCGAACACGCCCGUCGCGCCGGGCCAUCCCACCGAAAUCCGAGGGACUACAUAUUCGGUUGCUGCGUCUGGGACAGCACUUUAUGCGGAUGGGAGGCCGGUGGAAGCGAGUGGAGCGGUGGUUGGGGAUGGGCUGCCGAGUGGGACGGGGACGAUGACGGAAGGGGUGGGGGCGGGGGCGAGCAGUAGUAGUAGUAUGGGAGCGUCGACUGGUGGGGCGGUGAGGGGAGGGGUUGAAGGAGGAACCGAGGGUGUGGUUGUCUGGGCUGUGGGCGUGGUGGUGGGGAUGGGGAUGCUGUGA